CGACAAUUCCAUGCAUGCCGGCUUUUUUUGCCCAUGGGGCGUUGGCCUCAGCUGGCCUCCGGCAUGUAACUUUCCCACUCAGCCCUGUAGGGUGGGGCCGGACCCGGCUCUCCACGAUUUUGUGUCCCACCCGGGCCGAACACCACCGAUGAUGAUUGUUGCACAAAGUACGAAGUAUGGACCGAAGUAUGGACUGAAGUUCUCCAAGUAAUAAUGCCUCGGCCAGUCAACCCAGUUAUACCACAAGGUUAUGUGCUACCCUCUGUACAUGAAGCAACACUCUCUCGGAAUCUUUCUCCUUUCUUUCCCUGCUGAACUUUUGUCGGGUCGCUUGCUGAGUCUCCACCCCCGGAGUUCGGGAACGGGGGCCCCACACCGGACCCGGCAAGGGCCCGGCAAGACCCACAUAAUCCGCGAACCUCUCUCGAACCUCUCACCACUGUCGUUCUCCACGCCCGAACUUCCCCAUGGGUGGCUAACUUUUCAUUAGUGGCCAAAUUAGGUACAUGCUUAGGACGGCCUUCCUACAAGGAUCGAGAAACUUUAACACCAGCCCGAGGGCGUUUAUCUUGUGUAAAAGCUGUAGCAUUACAUUGGCGUCUCUCAGUCAUGGAUGCUUCGUAGGCCCAGGGAUUGACAUUAAUGGCAGUGAGUGCAGUGCGGAGGGUGUUGUUGAGGCCAACCUAGCUCAGCGUGAUUCAAGGGGCCCCGGAAACACUCGCAAGGCUAAGGAAGAACGGG